AUGAGCGACCAGACCAAAGCCCUCAUUGACUCUAAGUUUCUGCCUGAAGCAAUACAUGGCAUAUCCAUUAAUAUUUUACAAGCCAAAGAAAGUCACAUGGCCAAGCUUACCUUCAAUGGAGAGAGUACAUCUCCUCCUCCUGAGGAAGGGGGCACAGAUGAGCAAGGAAAGGGAAGGCUGUCUAGGGUCAGUUUUCUCUGCACUUCUGUUGAUUUUCCCCUUGCUAUCCCUUUGCAGUAUUUCCGAGGGAGCCUCUGUCAGAGCCACCAGACCUACUGCCUGAAUUACUCAGCUGCUGUCUUUUAUCUGGAGAGCCUGAGGCAGAGAGAUGACUUUGGAAUUUAUUUAAAAUGGUGUGAACAAAAUGAACAGUGCAAACGGCUUCACCUGCCUGAGCUAUUAGUGGCCCCAUUACACCGGUUGACUCGAUAUCCCUUGUUGCUGAAGAAUAUCUGGAAAAGGAGUACAGAUUCCACGGAGAAAAUCAUGAUCUACUCCCUCAAAGACAAGGUGGAAAAGUCAAUUCGGGAUCUUGAAGGAAAGGUGAAGUGGCUUGACAAUUUCCAAAAAUGUAGACAUCUACAGGAGAUUAUAGUGUGGCCUCCACUUUGGGACAGAGAUAAAAGGUUUUUCAUCCCAGAGGGCCUGAAACAUUUUAAAGAACACACGGCAGAAAAUAUCUUGUCACCAACCAACAGACACCUUCUCUAUGAGGGAAAAUUAACUCUCGCAGAAAACACAAGAUCCCUAGAUGUUUAUCUGUUCCUCUUUGAUGAUUUCCUCUUAGUUACAAAAACCAAGCGCAACAAGAAGAAACCUGGAGGCUCAGACCCUGGUUUAAUAUCUUCACUUACUCCUGAGUUGCAAACAAUAAUAAAAGAGGGCGGUUCAUGCACAGUGCUCGAUCAGCCCAUCCCUCUGGACAGAGUGCUGGUCAGAAGUAUUGAUCCCCUCCACGUGUCAGUCUUUGGACUGAGAAAUGCUUUCCUUAUACAACAUGAAAACAGAUAUCGACAGUGUAUAGCAGCAUUCUUAUUACAAGCCCAAACGGAAAACAUUAAAAAAGCAUGGAUGGCACAAAUAGCAGCAGCAAUCUCUUGCUUCACCAAAAAUCAAGAAACGAAGAAAAUACCUUUAUUUACAUUGCCUGCAGAAUCCUCUGAAAUUUAGGGACCUAAAGCACGUGGUGUACCUUUUUAGACAUUAGAGAUCAAGGUAUUUCAUUUAAACUUGUGUAACACUUACUUAGUGAUGAGCUAGAGGAAAUACACAUUUUAAAGGAAUUCCAGAAUAUGAUAAUUGGCGCUAGGAAAAUCCUCAU